AUGUCGUUUGCUCCCAGGGACACUCAUGAGGCCCAAGUGCAAUUUGCUCUGGAGCGAGGGGUGCCUGCCUUAAUCGGAGUCCUUGCCUCAAAACGCCUUCCUUACCCCUCUAUAGCUUUCGACAUGGCCCAUUGUUCCCGUUGCCUCAUUCCUUGGGGCCAGUACGAUGGGAUUAACUUGAUUGAAGUGGAUCGAGUUCUACGGCCUGGUGGAUACUGGAUUCUCUCGGGCCCACCAAUCAAUUGGAAGAGAUAUUGGAAAGGCUGGGAAAGAACAAAGGAGGAUUUGAACUCUGAACAGAGUGCCAUUGAGGACGUUGCUAAGAGCCUUUGCUGGAAAAAGUUGGUAGAGAAGGAUGACAUUUCCAUUUGGCAAAAGCCCAUUAAUCAUUUUAGUUGCAAAUCCAAACAUAACGCCGGCCAAAGUCCACAAUUCUGUGACGCUCAAGACCCUGAUAGAGCCUGGUUCGUUCCAUUAAUAAUCACUCUCGCCGUUGCUUGA